UUUCGUUUGUACUCUCUGUUUCCAUGCGAUCUCUCCAAGGUCCCUGCUUUUUCUUCCCCCAACAGGAAAGAUAUUCGUGUUGUCUUUUUUCCAAUUGGUUUGUCCUUUUUUAUUAUUUUGAAUGUAAAAUAGGUUUGCGUUCUUGAACGGAAAACCAGUUCCUUCUUGUUUUCGCACAAAAAAAAGAGUCCUUUCGUGGUUAGCGAGAUGAGAGCUAGGGAGAAAAAGGUGUGAAACCAAAGCUUGUUUUGCCUCUUGCCCGAAGAAUUUUUUAUGCAGGUUGAGUGAGCUCCGUGGACUUGGUUUGCAGUUCUAUUAAUUUGGGUGUUCUUAUCUCCUAUGCUCUCGCUGGAUUUUCUGUUUAAUUCCUGCAUGACGUGGUAUCCCUUGCCGCAAAGUGGGAGCACAUUGUCAACCGGUGAUGAAUUCUUUGAGAAUCAAAGCACCGGCUGGUCUCUAUGGAGUUUCAGCAUAUCUGAUGAUCAGAACACAGCCUACGUGUGUUCAGACAAGCAUGAAAAUGGCGCCGCGCAGUGUAGCACAGGGCGGUCAGAAGAACAAUCUGAGGGUCAAGCACCAUUGGAGCUGGAGUUCACACAACGAACAGAAGACAUUUUCUUGAGUCAGUUUUCAGAUGAGGAAAUGAGGAAGUUGGAUGUGCCGUUUGAAGCGCUGGACAUGUUCCCGGACUCCAUGCACAACCUCUUGUCGUAUGAGAACAUGCUGAGUGGGGUGCUAACUGGUUCAGAGUGUCAGGAAACAAAGCUGGAUCAAAAUGGAAUUGACACCAUGGAUACUUGCGGCUUCCCUUUGUUCAGCCAUGACUUGCAAAACGAUUUGAGGAACGCAGAUGGCGGCAUCUCAUCGCGUGUGAAGACUCUAAAUGGCUCGGAGAUACCAGCAGAUCCCCCAUCUAGGGACAAGGCUGGGGUGAGCAUGACAAAAAGGAGCAGAUCAGUCACCGAUACAGAGAGCACCCCAGGCUUUGAAGUGUUGGUGCUUGAGGAACUUGAAGAUGUAGUGUUUCAGCUGACCAAGAAGACACGGAUAUGCGUCCGGGACGCCUUCUACAGGCUAGCUGAGAGCUCAAAACCCAAGUGCACGGCUGACGAUGGCGCAACCGAAUCAGGCUCAAGCAGGCAAAGUUUCCAGCAUCCACAGAGCAGUGUCUCCAGGGUCUCAGCGCCAGGAGGCUGUCCAGAACGGGAGACGAACGCUAUCGACAGGACAGUGGCGGACCUCACGCUGAAGCUGCCGUGCUCUGCUCCUCAGUGCCAUGAAAACUGCUGUGCCGAUGAUUCAGCGGCGGAGGCGCAGUCCACGUCCAGCUGGAUCACCCGGGCGUAGAAGAAGGGAAACCGAUUCAUCAGCGGAGCUUUCUUUUUUGUUGGGGGUCUGUCCCCUCCCCUGCUACAAUACUGCACUAGCUUGAUUAGUUGAUGCAGAGGAUGUACAUACUAUAUACUAUUACUGCUGCGAAAAUGUUUAUCGGAGUUCAUGAGUA